CCUAUCCCUCUAAAUUCCCCAAUUCCAUCUGUGCUCUUGGAAGAACCUCAAAACAAAACCCCUAAAAUGGAGAGCUUUGGAUUUCCGUUUUCUUCACCAAGAUCAAACUUUAACUCACCACAUUUUGAUUUGUUUGAUGCUGCUUAUAAUGGAAAACUCAAUCGAUUCAAGAGGUUUGCUUUGAAUCAUGCUAAAAUUGAAGGGAUUGGAGUAGCAGAAGCAAUUGGAAAGCUUAACGAUGAAAAGAGAGGAGGAUGUCUUCAUGUUGCUGCUGCAGGAGGAAGUUUAGAAGUUUGCAAAUACUUGAUUGAGAAGUUGAAGCUUGAUGUGGAUACCAAAGAUGGAGAAGGUGGCACACCCUUGUAUCAUGCAGCUAUAAAAAAGCAUUUCGACACGGCUAGAUAUCUUCUUGAAAAGGGUGCCAACCCUGAUGCCUCAGAUGAUACCGAUGCCACUCCUUUACAUUUUGCUGCAAAGUCAGGUGACACAAAGAUAAUAACCUUGUUACUUUCAAGGGAUGUUCGCAUAGAUGUUGCAAGUAGGUCUGGAACUGCCCUGCAGUUUGCUGCUGGUCAUGGUCACCGAGAUGCUGUUAAAGUGUUGUUGGAUCGCGGUGCAAAUCCUAAUGGUGUUAAUAGUCAGGGUAUGCUUAGACCAUUAAUUUCGGCAAUUUUUAUCAAGUCAUGGGGUUGUGUGGAACUUUUACUACAGGCUGGCGCUGACCCAAAUGUUGCAUCAUAUGGAAAUACACCUCUGACAGUUGCAGCAACGGAUGGACGUGUAGAGGACAUUACGUGCUUACUGAAAGCUGGUGCAGAUCCAAAUUAUAAAAUGAAUGGAGGGCACACACCAUUAGAAAUUGCCGCUAUAAAGUGCAAUCAUCAAAUUGUUGGGGUUCUUUUUCCUGUGACGUCUCGCAUUCCAACUUAUCCUGAUUGGAGCAUCGCUGGAAUAGUGAGGGAUGUAAAUUCUGAUGCAAACAAAACGCAGAGGGACUUCCAUAUGAAGGAGAGAUUUCACCAGGCAAAAUCAAAAGGAAGAGAUGCUUUCCAGGGAGAGCAGUAUCAUAUGGCAGCGACUUGGUUCAAAGAGGCCUUGGCCAUCUUUCCAAAAGAUGCAGCUGUGCUAUCCAACAUGAGUGCCUGCUAUUCGCGCCUGGAUGACGGAAUCAAUGCGCUUAACUAUGCCACUAGAUGCAUGCAUGAAAGGCCUGAAUGGCCUAAGGCAUACUAUAGGAUGGGCGUCGCACUCAGUAUACAUAAGAGGUACGGUGAUGCAGCAGAUGCCUUUAACAAGGGUUUGAAGCUUGAUCUGGCAAACAAAGAGCUGAAAGAUGCGUACAUGGAAGCUAUUGAAGCUAGAUUGAACUCUCUCCAAGUGUAGGCAGAUAAUUCUGAGUAGUCAUGAGGGGAUGAAAUCAUUAAGCUCCUUAUCCCUUCUUUUUUGCUUUUUUUCUGUGCUCUUGAGCAAUUCAAGUUUUUGGUAACACCGAUCUCUGUUUUGGAUCCGCUUGGUACUUCAGACGUGCAUCAGUGUAAAUUAUUUGCUAAGCUGGAUAUCCAGUAGGAUCACCAAAACAAAGUAGUUCAUGAUAUUCCUCUACUCUGUAAUUAGUCGAAUUAGGCUGUGUAUUUUGAAACUUGUAGACAAAACCUUCCGUAGGAUUCAAGUUUUUUUUUUUUUUUUCUCUGUAAAGAAGGUUAUAUUAAAAAGCUCCAGUAUUAUCCCAGGAGGCCAAGUCUGGAGAACAAGACUCUCAUCCAAUUUGUUAAAUCUGACCAUCCAGUUUUUUGA